AUGAGUGAAAAACCCUCGCAAAGUAAACCAAUCAUUGUCAGGAAUAAAGAAUCCGAAGUGGAUAUUUACACGGCGGUAUCAAAAUAUGAAGAAAAGCAAACAGCUAAUCGAGAUGAAAAUAAUGAUUCUGCAAUCUACUUUAAUACCUUACAUAAAUGGCAAGACAUAAUGAAAUGGAAUUAUGAAUUAAAAAACAAGGAAAACUCACCAAAAGAAAAACUUGAAGAAUACAAAAACGAUGUAAUACAUUUAUUUUUAAUUUUAAAAAAGUUAAACAGACUUGAUAAAAUACGCUCAAAACAAAAAAAAGAUUUAUUAAAUAAAAAAAAACAAGAGAUUGAUAGUAAACAUUUACAGCAAGAAAAUCUUCUAAACGAAUUGUUUUAUUUAAAAAAAGAAAUAUCCAAGUGCCUUCAAUACAAAUCUAGUGAUAGUGAUAUUGAUCUUGUACCAUUAGAAACAUUUCGCUUAGAGUCGCCAGAUUCAGCCGAUUAUAUUGAUACAUUAAAAAGUGGACUGAUUAAUGAACAUGAUUUACAUAUAAAACGUCUCCAAUGGGAAUUUGAACAGAGACAAACUCAACAACAACAGUGUGACGAAGUAGAAAAAAAUAAAGAAACUAUACUUUCCGAAAUUCAGGAAGAGAGCAGGAUAUUACAAAGUAUAUUACCUAUGCUUAAAGACAUACGCACAGCUGCUCAACCUUUACAACAAAGUUUUGGAUUAACUCCUUGUCAAGCAAGAUCAUAUGCAGAUAUUGUGAAUUUAUUGCCCAAGCCCUUAUAUUAUUUAUACAUACAAACAGAUGCAUAUAGGGUAGCUUGCAAAUCAAAAUUCACUGUUUCAAUUAAUGGCGAUGAAGAAGAAGCUAGAAGAUUUGAUUCUAAUAAGAAUAACAUUGUUGAUACUAACUCUGAUGAGGAAAUAGAUGUACCUAAACCAAAAAAACGUUAUCAUAAGAAAUCACGAACAGAUACAAAGUCUGUACAACAAAAAAGUUUACUUUCAAAACAUCCUCUAUCGGUUAAAUUAACAUUAAGUUUAAAAAACAAUACUCAGUUUGUAAUGGAAUUUUUUUAUUUGGUUAAUUUAAAUUUAAUUACUGUUACUGUUACUUCAUCUUGGUCUGGAUUUUCUUCAUCCUACUCUAGAGAAUUGCUUUCACCAAGUUCUAUACUUGAUGCAUUGUUCUCAGGCGAUAAUGGCAAAGAAAGUCCUCAUAUAGUCAACUUCCAUCAAUUAGAAGAAGAAAAAACUGAAUUCAACACUAUGGAGGUAGGAAAACCUUACAUUUGGGCUCAAAGUAUAUGUGGCUUGGAUUUUUUAAAUCCUAGUGUACCUAAUUUUUUAAUUUCAAGAAAUCAUAUUGCCCAAGUAUUAAAGGCAAUUAAUAAUCGCCUUAAAACUCGACUUUCAUUGAUUACUCAGCUAGACUGCAGUGACUUAGAACGAAGGUUCAGUGUAAAUGGAAUUAAUUUAAUUUCAGUUUUAUCCCCAUGGAAUACAAUGGCGUGGGAAAAUUUUAUUAAACUUGAAUAUUGUAAACCACAUGUUGAAUUUGGAACAGUGACAGAAAAUGAUUUAUUAUUUAAACGUGUAAUAAAUUAUAAAACAGCAACACUGACUGUGGUAAUGGUAAUUAAAUGUGAUUACCCAAAGAGUAAUCCUAUUUUCACACUUCAACUAAAUAUGCCAACUACAAAUGAAGGAAUGUCUGUUUUAAAUUCUACAAAUAAUAAUUCUGUUAGAGAAUUGGAGAGAGAAAUUAAUGUUUUUCAUGAACAAAUUGAAGAUGAAGAUAUUAAUGAAAUGUUAAUCAACAUAAUUGGUCGUCUUGUUGUUUGUUUUGAAGUGAUGAUGGAGACCUGGGGACAUUUAGAUUUUCCCAAAACUAAAACAAUUUUGUAUAACAUAAGGGGUCGAGCUAGAAAUCAUCCAUUCAAGGCUGUUAAACAUCAUUCAGGAAUUAUUUUUGAACACCGUUAA